CCGCAGGCUCCACCCGUUUCCCAGCUCUCCAGGAUGAGAGAGGUUUGGGUUCGGCUUUUCCCCUCUCCCUGUAGUUGAUAGUUUCGGAACCAGAGGUGAUGCUGGAGUCGAGAUGGCAGACAGCGUGAAAACCUUCCUUCAUGACCUCGUCAGGGGAAUUAAGGACUCCAUCUGGGGCAUCUGCACCAUCUCCAAGCUGGACGCCCGGAUCCAGCAGAAAAGGGAAGAGCAGAGGCGGAGGAGAGCAAACAGCGCGCUCGCCCAGCGGAGGUUUCACAUGGAAGAGAAGAAGCAAGAGAACGAGCCCCGGAUAGUGAGCCGGAUAUUUCAGUGUUGCGCCUGGAACGGAGGCGUAUUCUGGCUUAGUCUCUUCUUGUUUUACCGAGUAUUUAUACCUGUCCUUCAGUCGGUCACGGCACAGAUCAUUGGCGACCCUUCCUUACACGGCGACGUCUGGUCGUGGCUGGAGUUCAUCCUCACCUCCAUUUUCAGCGCCCUGUGGGUCCUUCCCCUCUUCGUGCUCAGUAAGGUGGUCAACGCCAUCUGGUUCCAGGACAUUGCAGACCUAGCAUUCGAAGUUUCCGGCAGAAAGCCUCAUCCCUUUCCCAGCGUCAGUAAAAUCAUCGCCGACAUGUUGUUCAACCUCUUGUUGCAGGCGCUGUUCCUCAUCCAGGGGAUGAUAGUGAGCCUCUUCCCCAUCGAUAUCGUCGGCCAGCUCAUCAGCCUCCUCCACAUGUCACUGCUCUACUCGCUCUACUGCUUCGAGUACCGCUGGUUUAACAAAGGAAUCGAAAUGCACCAACGGUUGCCAACAUCGAGAGAAACUGGCCCUAUUACUUCGGUUUUGGCUUACCGCUGGCUUUUCUCACCGCGAUGCAAUCCUCUUACAUCAUCAGUGGUUGCCUCUUUUCCAUCCUUUUCCCUCUCUUCAUCAUCAGCGCCAACGAAGCAAGGACCCCCAGCAAAACUUACCACUUCCAGCUCCGUCUCUUCUCCUUGGUGGUUUUCCUCAGCAACAGACUCUUUCACAAGACCGUUUACCUUCAGUCCGCCCUGA